UUUAUUUUUUUUUAACCUCAGUAUCUUAACUAUUAACAAAAUCCUGUGUCUAAAAAGAAACCCGAGUGUAGCUGAACAUAGCAAGUAGUUUAGAGGCAGAGGUACUAAACUAACCAAAUCAAACAAUGUCUCUAAUUCUCCACUCAUCUCCCACCUUUCAUUUCAAUGCCUCUAAUCUUUUUCUCAACAAAUCUCCUCACCUAUCAUUCUCCAAACCCUCAAGACUCUCCAUCAAAUCUGAAGAUUCUUCGGACCAAUCAAGUGAUGACGCAUCAUCCACCGUGGUCCCACCCAAAUCCAGCUCCACUGGUCUAGGAUUCGGCUCUUCCGCUGCUUCUCCGAGUCCAACAAAGAAAAAACAGGGGAAAAGAGAAAGAGCGGCUGUGAUUCGUAGAGACCCAGUUGAGAAACCCAAGUUUGCUGCACUAAGAGAUGAGAGUGAGUUGAAGGAGCAGGGGCAGAAUGAGCAAGCUUUCUUGCUUGCUUGGUUAGGUCUUGGUUCUAUUAUUUUUGUCCAGGGGAUUCUUCUUGCUGUUUCAGGUUUUCUCCCAGAAGAAUUGGAUAAGUUGUGUGUAAAGUAUGUAUACCCAGCAUUUACCCCAACAGUUGUUUUCUUUUUUGGGGGAACGAUCGUGUAUGGUGUCUCUAAAUACCUGCAGAACGAAAAAGAGAAUAACCAAAAUUUAUGAUUUCUUCAAUGUAAAUAAGUUCUUGGAUUCCUUGGCUGCACCUUUUGCUUUGCUUCUCAUUGCAAUGGUCAUAAAGAUGUAUGGCCUUUGAGUUUUUUAUUUGAGAAUCUGCCAAGGAUAAUGUAAUUCUAUAUUUUCAUAUCAUACCUACAUCGGCAUUCUGCAUA